AUGCGGAUACUUCUGGUCAUCUACGUUCUCAUACUGGUGUUUUCGCUGACUCAAGCUAAGCAGAAAGCCGAAGUGCAAAAGUCACAAGUCACGAAGCUGGAAGUAGUGAAUCUCGGCGAGAUCGAAGUUGAAUCCAAUUUCAAGCAAUCCGACGUCCAGCGAAAACGAGAAUCCGGAUACACCUAUAACAGGCCGAAUCGUAUCUCUUCAAAUGCUCGAUUUCGCGUCCAAACGCAUCCGUCCAGAAGUCAAAUCGCAUUCAAGGUCCCUGGCCAGUUAAGCAGACCAUUUACGCAAUAUGGGCCGCCAAUUCACUCAACGUCCGGUUCGACGACACACGGAUAUCAUGCUCAGCAGCAACAUCGAGACAAAUUGCAGCACGACGUCAGUCAACAGCAAUCGAUCGGUUUCGGUGGAACAGGACUGAUGGAACAGGAAGUACCAAGCCCGAUCAGAAACGUUGAUUUCGCGGAGGUGAAUCCGAUCGCUAGUCAGAAUGACGAGCCGUUUGGCAUGAACACCGCUAAUUAUUUACCGCCACAAAAUCAGAAACUGCCGACUUAUAUUUCAACGGACAAUUUCGAUCCGCAACGCAUUCCAGGUCGGGGACAAAUUCACGAUACGAACUUACAGAGCCAGAACUUCGUGCAGGCUCAAAAUCAAAUUUCUGACGCCGCGCUUUUCCUGGCCGAGAACGCGCAGGCGAUCCAGCAACUUUACGGCGCACCCGCGAGCAAUCAGGACUUCGCGCCCAGCAACGAUCAGUUUCAGGAUGUCGGCAAUCCGAUUCAUAAUCUGAACAGUCAGUUCGAGAGUACUUCGCAGAGCCCUGAGGGAUUCCGCGGCACGUUACCGUCGUAUGCGUCGGGAACGCUCGAUCCUCGAAACACUCUAGAACAAAUUCAAUCUCUAGAAAAAGAUCGUUUGAUUGUCCAAUUGCAGCAGGCCCUUGCUCAAGCUCAGACUAACCCGAACGUGGCGAGAAGAUAUGCUCAGAACCAAGCAGGUUUCAUUCAGAAUCAGGAACUUCUCGCCUCUAUAAGCCAGCAAGUGAACUCACAUAUUCUUACAACGCCGCAGUCUGCAGCUUUUAGUCCUGGAAACACCGCGUUCAGUCAGUCUACCUUCCUACCAGAAACUACGGUCAAUCCCAUGAGGUUUCCCGUUAACUACGGUAUUCCAACCACUACGCAAACUCCGACUACAACAACUACGGCCGGAAUACUCACUACGCAAUCCCCAUUGCAACCAUCCAAGAGCGAUGGUAUUGCCCAAGCAGUGUCAUCGCACCCCGCUUCUAACCAGCCUGGUUCUUCCACGACCGGAUCUCCCGCGGGAAUCCCCCUUUACGGUGGAUUUGUACCGUCUUUCAUCACGGGAACCAACUUUCCCAGCUACGGCACCAGCAUCUUUACAUCUGGCUCCGUCAGACCUGUGCAAUCCCCCGAAACAUCGCCCACCCAUUUCGGGAUACCGAUUCCCACGGAACCGCCUCAGAAACCGGUACCGGGAUCGGCACCCUCGACCCCAGCGACGACAAUACCUUCUCUCUCGCCCGCCUCGUCAUCAAAUCGACCGGGGUUCGCUCUGACACCGGUGGCCCUGCCAAUUCAUCCGAUACGACCUGUUGCUCCUUUCGCGACACCGGUGCGUCCGAUCGUCGCUCCCCUGCUACCAGCGUAUCCCGCGCAAGUGCAUCCGGCGCAAACCGCCCCGGCCGUAUCAUCCAGCGUGCAGCAUACGUUCAGCGUGCAGAACGCAUUGAUCAAUCCCGCUCUCUAUAAACCGGUUAAAGCGGUCUAUCCGGUGUACUACUAUCCCGUGGACAUCGCUUAUCAGCUGCAGAAGCCUACGUCGCCGAGUUAUCCGUGGAAUUACGCGCCUUCGUACACGACGCAGACGGGACCGGCGAAAAUAUGGAAAUGA